GGGCGGGCGGCGCAGACGCACGCCGGGCGCGCUCUCAGUACGCGCGCGCCCUCGCCAUGGCUCGCUGGCAGAAGGUCCUGGCGGCCGUGUUCAUCCUCGCCGCCGCCGCGACCGCCGCGCGCAAGUCGCCCCCGAAAGCCGAACCCCAGAUCGAGGAGGUUACCGCCAAACAGUUGGAUCGAGUGCUGGAAGACAAGGACUUCGUCGCGGUGUACUGGUAUGCAAGAAGCUGCGUGACAUGUGACAAAGUGCUAGAAGAGCUAGAGAAGAUAGACGACGACACAGACACGUUCGGGGUGGACUUUGUCAAGAUCAACGACAAGAGGCUCGCCAAGCAGUAUGGCAUCACGAAAUUCCCCGCCCUCACGUACUUCCGUGAGAAGGAACCGAUCAUUUACGAAGGAGAUCUCAUGGACGAAGAGAGCGUCCUGGAUUUCCUGACGAGUUUAGAAGCCAUGGACCUUCCGGACCGGAUAGAGGAGGUAAACCAGAAGAUCCUGUCCAAGAUCAUCGAGGACACGGACUACGUUGCUGUUCUCUUUUGUCCUGACCACAAAAGUUGCGGCCCAUCGAACAACAAGCCCGAAUGCAAGAAGUGUGCGAAGGCGCUUCAAGAACUGGAGAACAUAGAUGAUGAAGCUGACCAGCUGGGAAUCGGGUUCGUCAAGAUCCACGACGAAGAACUAGCCGAGGAGUACAGUCUUGGGGAGCUGCCAAGACUGGUGUACUACAGGCAUGAAAUACCAAUUAUCUAUGAAAGUGAGUUGAGCAAAGAGGAGGAUGUCUUGGAGUGGUUGAUCGCCAACAAGUCCACCGGUGACGAAGAAGAUGUCAUCGAAGACGUCACGGCCAAGACCCUCAACACCCUCAUCGGCAACGUGGAUAACCUUGUUGUUGUCUUCUACGACCACGGUGACGAGGAAUCAAUGACAGUCCUUGGCGAGCUCGAGAACAUCGACGACGACUGCGACCGCCACGGCAUCCAGUUCGUCAAGAUCGACGACGCCAAGGCCGCCGACUCCUUCGGCAUCGACAACAUUCCCUCCAUCGUCUACUUCGAGAAGCAGAUCCCCAACGUUUACGACGGUGAUCUUGAAAACGAGGAAGAGAUACUGGAGUGGCUGGUCGGCCAGCUGGAGAAGGACGAGAUCGAGGACGUCACCGACGAGAUGCUCGACAAGUUGAUCAAGGACGGGAAAACCGUUGCCGUGCUAUUCUAUGACAAUAACGAUCGCAAAUCUCAGAAGGUAUUAGCAGAACUUGAGAACAUUGAUGACGAGUGCGAUUCUCUCGGUAUUGCGUUUGUGAAGAUUGACAAUGAUGACGAAGCCAAAGAAUACGGCAUUGAAAAGAUCCCAACUCUUCUGUAUUUCGAAAAGGGUAUCCCGACUUAUUACGAAGGAAACCUGGAAGAGGAAGAGAAAGUAUUAGCUUGGCUCAGGUAUCAAGUGGAGAGCGACGAAAUUGAGGACAUCACUGAUGAAAUGCUCGACCUCAUCAUCGAGAAAAUGCCAUACGUCGCUGUGCUGUUCUACGACAAGGACCAGAAGAAGAGUCAAAAGAUCCUUUCUGAGCUGGAGAACAUCGACGACGAAUGUGACCAGAAUGACAUUGCCUUCGUCAAGAUUGAUGACGAUAAAGAAGCCAAGGAAUAUGGUAUUGACUCCAUUCCAACUAUGGUUUUCUUCGAGAAAGGCAUCCCUCACAUCUACGAAGGUGAUCUGAUGAAGGAAGAUGAAUUACUCGGCUGGUUGCUACAUCAGAAACGACAUAGUGAAAUUCCUGAAGUCACUGAUGAGAUGAUGGACAAACUAAUAGAAAGUACACCAUAUUUGGCUGUUAUCUUUUACGACAAAGAGGACAAACAAGACAUAAGGAUCCUCAACGAACUGGAAAACAUUGAUGAUGAACUAGAAAAGGAAGGUAUCGUUAUUGUGCGAAUGGAUAACGAGAAUGAAGCUAAAGAAUUCGGUAUCGACCAUCUGCCGACUCUCGUAUACUUCGAAGAGAACAUCCCCGCUAUCUAUGAAGGUGACCUGAUGAAUGAAGAUGAAGUAUUGGAGUGGCUUAUUGAACAGAAGAACAGCGCUACCAUUGAGGAAGUUACUGAUGAGAUCUUGACUGAUCUUAUCGAAGAACACGAAUACGUGGUCGUUUAUUUCAGCGGCAAUUGCGAAGAGGGCGAUGAAUGCGACAACAUCCUAGACGAGCUUGAGAACAUUGACGACGAGUUGGACGAGACGGGCAUCAUCUUCGUCACCACCGAGGACCUGGCGCUCGCCAAGAAGUACGGCAUCAAGACCUUCCCCACGCUCGUGUUCUUCAGGAACAAGGACCCACUCAUUUACAAGGGGGACAUCGAAGACGAGGAUGAAGUGCUGUCAUGGCUGACGGACGAAGACACCCUUGAGAUCCCCGGCAAGAUCGAGGAGGUCAACUCCAGGAUGCUGGAGAAGAUCCUAGCCGAAAACGACCACAUCGUUGUCUUUUUCUACAAGGAGGGCGACAAGAAAUCUCAAAAAGUACUCAGCGAGCUUGAAAACAUCGAUGACGAGUGCGAAGAAAAAGACAUAGAUUUCGUCAAGAUUUCUGAUGAAGGAGUGGAGAAGGAAUACGACCUGUCUGAAUUGCCGGCUUUAGCUUUCUACCGCCACAAGUUCAGGACCAUCUAUGAAGGCGAUCUGAUGCAUGAAGAAGAUAUCUUGUCCUGGGUGUUGGAUUUGGUUGACUCUCAGCCUGACGUCAUUGAGAGCGUGGACAGGAAGACUUUGAAGGAUUUAAUUGCAGAUGUGGAACAUCUUGCCGUCUUCUUUUACAGUGAUGAUUGCGACACCUGCGACGAUGUACUCGAAGAACUGGAGACAAUUGACGACGACACAGACAAAUACGAGAUUCAGUUCGUCAAGUCCAAGGACUCCAAACUGGCUUCGGACAUUGGCAUUUUCAGUUUCCCAGCUCUGGUAUACUAUGAGACCGGGGUUCCGAUCAUGUACGAUGGUGACUUAAAGAACGAAAAAAAGGUCCUCCAGUGGCUUAUAGAUCAAAAAAGCGAUCGCUGUUUCUACAUUGGAUUGGGGGCGAAACCGGCCGCCCCAAAAAUGACUUACGAACCCUACCAGUGCUGUCCCACUAAAGUUCAAAGUCCGACCAAAGUAGCCAAAGCCACCCCGACCAAGGUUCCGGCCAAGAAACUCGAGAAGGCAAGCCCCAAGCAGCAAGCAAAGCCCGCCAAGGGGUCGAAAGCACUCGCCAAGCCGGAAAAGGGAAAAGGAAAAAAAGGUAAUUUACUGGAUGAAUCAGAAGUGCUGGAAUGGAUGGUCAAACAAAAGGAAGAUGAAAGUAUUGAACACAUUGAAAGAGAAAAAUUGUUCAAAUACAUUGACACAAAAGAAUUCUUAGCUGUUGUUUUCUAUAGAGAAGACGAUCCAGAGAGUCCGCGUAUCCUAAGGUACGUGGAACUAAUCGACGAUGAAGCAUCGGAGUACGGCAUCAAAGUAGUAAAAUGCAGCGAUCGUUUAAUGGCCAAGAAAUACGGUUUCCGCAAUCCGCCCGGUAUCACCUACUUCAGAAAGGGCAAAUACAUCAAUUACGACGGAGACAUGGAUGACGAGGAAGAGAUUUUGGACUGGUUGACCAAUCCGGAAAACAUGGAACUUACGGAUCACAUAGAAAAAGUUAAUCGUAAAAUGUUUCAGAAAAUACGACAGACAUCCGAUUAUGUAGCAGUAUUCUUUUACAGUAAUGACUGCAAACAGUGUCCCAGAGUGCUGCUGGAGAUAGAGCACAUUGACGACGACGCUGACGGCGCCGGUAUCAACUUUGUCAAGAUUGAUGACAAGCAGAUGGCCAAGGAAUUUGGAGUUUUCGCUUUACCUGCUGUGCUGUUCUUCAAAAUGGGAUCUAAAGACCCUGUCAUUUACGCUGGUGAUCUUUACGAUGAACAUCAGUUAUUAAACUGGUUGUUGACUCAAAAGAAUCCAGCAGGUGAUGUAAUUGAAGCACUUGAGGGUAAAGAAUUGCUCAAAUUGAUAGAAGAGGAAGGAUCCCUUGCUGUGUACUUCUGGAACAAAACGUUAUGUGAAUUAUGCAAUUCAAAAGCAAUCCGAAAAGCACAGAAAAAGAAAGACAAAGAAAGAGAUCCUGAAGACGAAGAGGCGCCAGAAGAGGAUUCGCUUGACUGCGAGCAAUGCGCUGGCAUUUUGGAAGAACUGGAAAACAUAGAUGACGAUUGUGACCGACAUAAAAUAAAGUUCGUGAAGACACAAGAUUACUCGAUAGCGGAGUCGUAUGGAGUUACUGACUUCCCAGUGUUGGUGUAUUUUGAGAACAAUAUUCCGAAUGUGUACGAAGGUUCUCUGGCGGAGGAGGAAGAGGUGUUGCAAUGGUUGAUUACUCAGAAAACUGAAGACCGCAUUGAAUUGAUAACCAGAGUGAUGUUAGAAAAUAUGGUUGAAGAAACACAGUACUUGGCAGUAUACUUUUACAAAUUGAACUGUCAUAUUUGCGACGCUAUUCUGGAAGGACUAGAGCAGAUAGACGACGAAUGCGACGUUUACGGUAUUCAUAUGGUGAAAAUACAAGAUCCACAAUUAGCCAAACGAUAUUCUAUCAAGACCUUCCCGGCGAUGGUUUACUUCAGGAAUGGCAAUCCACUGCUUUUUGAAGGUGAUCUGCAGAAUGAAGAAUCAAUUCUUGAAUGGCUUAUUGACGAUGAAAAUCGGGAGCUUGCAGAUGAAAUUGAAUCCGUAAACGAUAGAAUGCUAGAGAGGCUCCUAGUUGAAUCACAUUUACUCGUCGUCUUCUUCUAUGAUGAUGAAGACUGCCCAGAAUGUGAAGAUCUGCUCGAAUCACUAGAACAAAUAGACGGUGAAGUAGAUCAAUUUGGUAUCGAUUUUGUGAAAAUAGCCAGUCCAGAAGCGGCCGCGAAGUACAACAUCAUUAAUAUACCUUCUCUAGUGUAUUUCCGCAAACAAGUACCCAUGCUCUAUGAUGGCGACAUCCAUCAAGUUGAUAAGGUUCUUAGUUGGCUAACUUCUCAAGACGUUUUUGAAAUUAAAAAUGAAAUUGAGGAGGUCAACCGCAAAAUGUUGGAUAAAUUGCUGGAGGAAAACGAAUUUUUAGCUGUUUAUUUCUAUGAAAAAUCACAAGAAAGUCGCGCUGUAUUGGACAAAUUGGAGAAUAUUGACAGCGAAACGGAUAACUUGGAUAUAACUUUUGUAAAAAUGGAAGACCCGCGAUAUGCAAGAAAAUGGGGAGUCACUAAAUUACCAGCUAUCGUGUAUUUUAGAAAGAGAUUCCCAAGUAUAUACAGAGGCGACACAAUGAACGAAGAGGAAGUGCUGGACUGGCUUCGAAAGAAUCGAUUUAGACAGCCAGAGUUAAACAUAUUCAUGUACGCUCUGAUAGCGCUGUCAAUAGCGUUCGUGAUGUACACUGCGUUCCUGCUGCAGUGCUUCAAGCCCGCGCCGCCUGCGCCGGCACCGCAUCCGAAGCAGGCGUGAGACAACACUACAUUUCUAUUUUGAUUGUGACUUAUCCGCCUUCAGGCUUGGAUUUAUUACCAUGACUUUGACAUAUGAUCCAUUAACAUUCAACUAUCUUCCAUCGAGUGUCUGUUGACAAUGGAUCAAAUAAGAUUAGACAAUUUAUAAGUUCUUGGGGAUCAAACAUUUUCUUUGAUAGACAUUUUAGAAGAUAUUACGAAUUAAUAGAACUCGCUUUGACAAAGCAAUACUGGAUUGACAAUAGGCUAAGUUUUCUAAGAGUACUUUGGUUUGGAAAUCUCUUUCAUCAUUUUACCAAUAAUGAGAAUAUUCGUAUAAGUAUUUUAUUUCUAGCAUUUUGAAAACGUUGCUGUUAUCUUCCUUAAGACUGUUCGUAAUCUUCUGGGUAGUAUUACCUGUAUGGAUCUUAGUGUGCGAUGAACCAUUUUCCAAUGUUUCUGUUUCGGUCGAUUGAUUGAUCCUGUAUUGAUAUCUACAACCUUGUUAUUUCCGUUGAGUCUUUGAUAAGUUUGCGUUUGAGUGAUUUCGAGUUCUUUGGCAAUGUCACUAAUUUAAUUGUCGUCAACUUUAUUUGUUACUUUGGCGGCUAUUUUAUUUAUUUAUUUUAUUUUCCGUGACAUUGCUUUCGAGCUCCGUUCUAGUGACUGCCUAAUAGGCGGGAUCUUGCCAUCAGAAUG